AUGGUCUCUUACAAACUUGCCCUAGGUCUUUUGGCCUCCAGUGCUUUGGCUAAGGCCGCCCAAACUUUCCACGUCAGCGUCAGCUACGAAUCUGAAUUGGAUGUUUCGUACUACUUCCGUGAAGGCAACGAUCUAAUCUCUAUCUCUGGUAGCAACGAUGGGUUCGACCUCACUGUCAACUCCGACUCAGAUGUCUGCGACAUCUUGAAGUCUGGUAUGGUUGUCUACAAGGCCGACGACGACGAAGCCGUUUUGGUCAGCUGGAACCAAUACCACGUGUUCCACUUGCUCAACUCCGACGGCCAAGAGAUCACCUACGGCUCCACCGAUGCCCAAACCUCGUGUGACACUGGCUCUUCCAGCAGCGCUGUCUCCAGCGGUGCUUCCUCCACUGCUGUCUCCAGCACUGUCACCGACUCUUUCUCUGCCACUGUUGGUGCCUCUGCCACUGGCUCUUCUGGUGUGUCUUCCGGUGUGUCUUCUUCCACCACUGGCUCUUCUGGUGUCUCCUCUGGUAUCUCUUCCACCACUGGCUCUUCCGUCUCUUCCGGUGCUGUCUCUGGUUCCUCUUCUGUCCCAAUGACCUCUUCUGUCGUCACCACCACUAUCAGCGGUACCGUCACUUCCUACACCACCACCUGCCCAUUGUCCUCCACCUCUGCUGCUGCCACUGACUCUUACACUUCUUCUGUUGUUACUGUCACCGAAAGCGGCACUGUCACCUCGUACACCACUUACUGUCCAAUCUCGACUAUCCCAACUUCCGUUGUCACUGCUACUGAAAACGGUCCUUCUUCUCAAACCUCUGUGGUUACCACCACUAUCAACGGUGAGGAGACUAUCUACACCACCGUCUGCCCAUUGACCGAGACCACUGGUGCCGCCACCACUUCUGCUGAGGCCACCUACUCUCCAAUCACCACCGUUUCCACUGUUGUUAACCCAACCACCGUUGUUGAAACCAUCACUUCUUGCAAGGACAACGCCUGCUCCACCCACGAAACCUCCAAGGUUAGCCAAGUCACCACUGUUGUUUCGACCACCGUGACUGCUGCUCCAACCACCGAGGCCACCACUGAAGCCACUGCUGCCCCAACCACCGAGGCCACCACUGAAACCUCUGCUGCUCCAGCUGGCACUGAAACCACUGAAGCUGCCGCUACCGGUACCGAAACUACCGCUGCUCCAGCUGGUACCGAAACCACUGAGGCCACCUCCGCCCCAGCUGGUACUGAGGCCACUACUGCCGCCACUGAGACUACCGCUGCCCCAGCUGGUACCGAAACCACUGAGGCUGCUACUACUACCGCUACCGGUACCGAAACUACCGCUGCUCCAGCUGGCACUGAAACCACUGAGGCUGCCACUACUGCCGCUACCGGUACCGAAACUACCGCUGCUCCAGCUGGCACUGAAACCUCUGAGGCUGCUGCCACCACCGCCACCACUGGUACCGAAGGUGCUGCUGCCACUGAAACUGCUGCCGGCUCCACUUCCGCCUCUGGUGUCCCAUCUUCUGUCACCGUCAGUGAAUACACUGGUGCUGGUGCCAUUUUGGGAUCUAACGGUGUUUUCGUUGCCAUCGCUGCCGUCCUUGCCUCUUUGUUGUAA